AUGUCUUCUACACUCACAGCAACUACAGCGACCCAGAGUCAGACUAUCAGGGUUGAAAGCAAAGAUCCUAUGAAGUCAACCUGGCGUCGCAGUGACAAACGUACGUGGAAAAUUGGCCACUGGAUUAUCGAACGACUUGGGCUCUACCAUGAAGAGCUCGACCAAUCUGCGCCGGUCCAUUCGAAAGCCGAUUCGGUGCCUUACGUCCCACAUUGGCAAUUCCAUCGGUGGAUACUGCUGCACGCAACCAUACCGCUCCUUCUUCACCAAGCUUUCGUAUCCUCCACAGGAUAUAACGUUCACCCAGUAGCGGCCUUCAUAUUCUACAGUGUGGCAAUCAAGGCUGUCGCUAUCCAUCAAAUCAAUAUAAUGCGCGGUCUCGGUCAACGCUACGGAUUCCUCGAUGGCGACAAACACGAACGCGACGGUGUCCCCGACAAAAGCGUCAAAACAGUCUUGGGGUCACUUAUAUCGACUGCCACGUUUCGAUCGAUGAUGGCUGUGAUUCUCUCGUACCGCCGGGAAGAGGCUCCAACUACAAUAAACUGGAUGCUUCUUCCUCUCGAAAUCGGUCUCUAUGGUGUUGUCUUGGACUUUUGGUUCUAUUGGUAUCACCGUCUUAUGCAUGAGGUCGACUCGUUGUGGAAGUACCACAAGACACAUCACCUCACGAAACACCCGAACCCUCUUCUUACACUCUUUGCGGAUAGCGAACAAGAGUUCUGGGACAUCGCCGGCAUUCCCUUCUUGACGUGGGCCACGCUUAGGCUCAUGGGACUGCCCAUGGGAUUUUACGAAUGGUGGUUCUGCCAGGAGUAUGUCAUAUUCACUGAAUUGACGGGACAUAGCGGACUGCGUCUUUAUGCCACAUCUCCAACACCUUUCGCUUGGCCGCUUCAGUUCUUUAACUGCGAGUUAGUCCUCGAGGAUCAUGACCUCCAUCAUCGAAAAGGCUGGAAAGCUAGCGGCAAUUAUGGCAAGCACACCCGGUUGUGGGAUCGCAUUUUCGGAACGUGUAUGGACAGAAUUGAAUGCGGUGCCGAUUCCGCAGACUACACAAAUACCGCUGUUAUUCCAUUAUUGUAA